UUUUGCAUGUUCUGCGAAAUUUUCCGGUGUGUACAGUUUUCUAGGAACUUAUUUUCCGGGAAUAUUCUGGGAACCUCUCUGGAAAAUUCUGGGAACCUCUCUGUAUACAAUUUUCCGGUGUAUACACUCUUUUCUAAGUCUUCCUCGGACCCGGGAAGCAUUUCUAUUCUAACUGUUCUGAGUUCUGAUGCAAGCAAGCAUCAAUAUUGACUAAGCACAUUUUAAAAUCAGAGAGUCAAACCCGGAAAUCGAUCCAGCAAAUUUUGCCUCCAAAUCAAAAUCACCAAAAUCCCAGAUAUCAAUUUCCAAGAGAAAUGGCCUCUGCUACCACAGACCCACCAACCCCUUCAACACUCUUUGCAGCCAUCGACAUGGGUACAAAUUCGUUCAAGAUGCUCAUAGUUCGUGCAUACCCAAAUGGCAAAUUCUUCACCAUAGACCAAUUCAAAGAGCCUGUGGUUCUUGGCCGUGAUACCAGCACAUCAUCAACAACAACCCCUUUUACACUUUCACAUCACUCCCAGCUCCUUGCCCUUGAAGCCCUUAAAAGAUUUCAGAACAUCUUGAAAUCCUACAAAAUCAACAAAACCCAUGUCCGCUGUGUUGCCACUGCAGCUGUACGUGAAGCUGUGAACAAUGUUGGGUUUUUGAAAUGUGUGAGGGAAGAGGUUGGGUUAGAGAUAGAUGUGUUGCCUGGUGAACAGGAAGCUAGGCUUGAGUAUCUGGGUAUGCUUCAGUUUUUUCCAAUAUAUGAGAAAUUGGUGCUGGGUGUGGAUAUUGGAGGUGGGUCUACUGAGUUUGUAAUUGGGAAGCAAGGAAAAGUCAUUUUUGGUGCUUCAUUGAAGCUGGGACAUGUGAAUUUGACCCAAAAGUUUGGGAACAAUGAAGAAAAUGUUGCACAUAUGAGGGAGCACAUUAGAUUGGUUGUUCAAGAAUCUGGGUUGGUUGAAAAGAUUAAAGAUUGUGGCUUUGAGGCUGUUGUCGGAUCUUCGGGUACCAUAAAGGCAGUAGAAAAAGCAGCCCUUUAUGGGUAUGCCAAUGUGAGCAAUAUGCUCCAGGUCGGGAAUAUGGUUUCUUUUGGGGACAGUAAGAGGUAUUGGAAGUUAAGUAGAGGAGAACUGAAGGGUGUUGUUGAGAGUUUAUGUGGUGGAGGAGAGGCAGAGAAGAUUAGGAGGGAGAAGUUCUUUAAAAUGCGGUCCGAGUUUAUCGUUGCCGGGGCUGUGCUAUUGGAGGAGAUAUUUGAGGUAAUUGGCAUUGAGGAAAUGGAGAUUUCUGGGUAUUCAUUGGCAGAAGGUAUUAUUGCAGAAACUUUAGCUAAGGUUAAUGAUUAUGAUUUGAAUGCCAAUGCAAAGUGGUCGUCUAUUGUGCGGCUCGCAAUGAGAUUUAAUAGCAACAAGAGGAUGAGAGCGGCUGCUCAGUGUGCUAGCAUUGCAAAGGAAUUUUUUGAAUGUUUAAGAAAGUGUGAUGAGCUUGCUGGCAAUCAAGUUGCUGCCUCCCUAGAUGACAAGGAUCUUGAGUAUCUUGAAGCAUCAUGUUUGCUUCACAAUAUUGGGCUUUCCAUCGAGAAAAAGGGUUACCAUAAGCAUUCUUAUUCCAUUAUCAUGAAUGGUGGCCAUCUUCAAGGUUACAGUGCUGAGGAGGUCAAGCUGAUAGCACUACUUGCAAGACACCACAGGAAGAAAUUACCAAACUUUGGUCAUGUUUCCUUUAAGGAGUUUCCAACAGAGGUCAAAAAGAAAUUCAGAUUUCUAUGUGCAAUUAUCCGUAUUUCAGUUGCACUACAACAACAUCGACGCAUUGAUUUCCAACAAAUAGAAUUUUCACAUUCUUACGAAGGUUUUAAACUGGCAUGUGGUGGGGUAAAAGUUCAAAAUUCCCCACCUUGCAUUCUAGAGCCUUUAGCUGAGGAUAUUGGAGAUGACCUAAGGCAAGAGUUAGAACACUUUAAGAUGGUAUUCCAUGAAGAACUACUCCUCCUUGUCCCUUCAAGUGUUUCAGGAUGAUCUGAGAGAGAAGGAUAUUUUCACAUAAGGUGUCACUUGAUAUGUCUUGAAAAAGUUCAUAUAACCCAUAAAUUCGGCAUAUACAAGGUUCCAUGCUGUCUAGAUCGUAACACCUGUUAUUCCUUUUGCAAUGCCGCUUUCAUAUUUGAUAAGUGAUGUGAGCAGUUCAUGCCGUACAAUUUUUAGUAAUCUGAUAGUAGAUCACACUUAUUGAUUGAGAGAAUGUACAGGCAUUGGUAUGGAAGGACAGUCAUGUUGCCCAAGUUGCAGGAUAGCUCGUGUGAACCAUUGACGUGGAGCUCAUGGGUUGAAUUGUGGUGUUGAUACAGACUCAUUUGUCCCAGAUGAUGUGGUUCAACUGAAACAGAGCACAAGCUGGAGAAUUGGAGGUAUUGUCCAUUAAAUUGUAGUAGUUUUAAUCUCAGAAUUUCAAUGUGUAACAGCAAAAGUUGUAUGUCCUUUUAGUCUAUAACAGAUAAAAUUUACAUACAGGCCAAAGGGAAAGAUAAAUGAAAAUCUUGGAUCUUUUUUUAUUUU